UUAAGAUGCCAAAAUCACUCUAUUUGAGCACCAACUUCAAAUUCAAUUAUCAUAACAAAAUAUAAUUAAUUUAGGCACAGAAACAUGGUGGUGAAGGUCUAUGGUCCUGCAAGUGCAGCCUGCCCUCAAAGGGUGUUGGUUUGCCUCUUAGAGAAAGGGGUAGAGUUUGAACUUGUGCAUGUUGAUCUUGAUCAAGGAGAGCAUAAGAAACCUGAAUUUCUUCUCAGACAGCCCUUUGGUCAAGUUCCAGCUGUAGAGGAUGGUGAUUGCAGGCUCUUUGAAUCCAGGGCUAUUAUAAGGUAUUUUGCAUCAAAAUAUGCUGACCGUGGCCCUGACCUAUUGGGUAAAACCUUAGAGGAGAGGGCACUGGUGGAGCAGUGGCUUGAAGUAGAGGCAAGCAACUUCAACAAUUUGUGCUUCAAUAUCAUGUUUCAGCUGGUGAUCCUACCAAAGAUGGGUAAGCCUGGGGACUUGGCCUUGGCUCACAAAUGUGAGCAAGAUAUAGAAAAGGUGCUUGAUGUGUAUGAAACUAGGCUCUCUCAAAGCACAUAUCUUGCUGGAGAUAAUUUCACUUUGGCUGAUCUUAGCCACCUUCCAGGGCUUGAACAUCUCAUUGAGGAAGCUAAAUUGGGACACUUGGUCACUGAGAGGAAGAAUGUGAAUGCUUGGUGGGAGAAAAUUUCAAGUAGACCAGCUUGGAAGAAGUUAAAGGAUUUGAUUCACUAAUUAAGAGAGUGACCAAAUAAUAAUUAAAGAAUGGAGGUGUUUCAUGUUCUUAUUAUAAAAAACCAAAACCUCUAUUUUAGUUUAGGCUGCAACAAAUUCAUGGCGUGGAGAAAAAUAAUUUAUCUUUUUUUUUUAUGUAUGAGGAAAAAAAUUUCUUAUGUAACUUUUUUGAAUAAAAGUUACUCCUUCCUUCCGUUUCUUUAUGUGUCAUUUAAGUAAAAACAUAAAAGGCCAAUAAAUUUUAUAUGUUUAGAACUU